GAGAAAAGGUCAAAAACCAGAAUCAAGAAAAAGCCUGAAAAUGCCUCCAUUGCCGCCGGAACUAGUCACCGACAUUCUCCUCUGCCUGCCGGUGACGUCUCUCCUGCGAUUCAGGUGCCUUUCUAAGUCACAUUGCGCCGAAAUUGACAGCCCAGAUUUCGCCAAGUAUCAUCUCAAUGUGUCAAUCCAGAGCAAAACCGGCCAAAAGCUAAUCAUCAACAACGUAGAUUUCAUGGAUCAGACCGAUCUCUAUUAUGCUGAGUUUGAUGGCAACCUCGAAGAUACCUACCUACUCAACAACCCAUUGAAAUCUUCGCGUCGCGGCACCUCGGUGUGUGCUUCUUGCAAUGGUUUGUUUCUGCUGGGUAUUUUUGUUAAGGACCAAAACAUGGAUUUUGCCCUGUGGAAUCCAUUCACUAAGAGGUACAAGAAAUUACCACCUUGUCCGGUUCGGAAGUCAAAUGGUGAUGAUGUUUGUUCUCAAGUCUGGGUUUUUAGUCUGAAUUCUAAUUCUUGGAGGAGGAUUCAAGAUGUGAAGGAUGAACUGACCUCCAGGUCCAGGGUCGGGCUAUAUGCCAAUGGUGCUCUGUACUGGGAAAAUGAAGAUAAGUGUGUUGGUUUUGAUAUCACAUAUGAGGUGUUCUUUGACCUCGCACUAUUGUCUGAUUUUGGCCCAACGGUCAUCUACCAUGAUUUCAUGGUAGUUUUUGGAGGUAACCUCUAUAGUCCUGUAAUACGCAAUGAGCCUAAUAGUAUAGAAUAUUACUUGCUUGUGAGUGAUAGUGGUGGAGAAGUUGCAGGUGGUAGUUGGAGGAAAGAAUUCAUUUUGGAGGAAGAGAGGAAUAUUCUGUUUAAUCGGGCUUUGCCUUUGGCAUACUCAAAAAAGGAGGAUAGCAUUCUGGUUAAUAGAGGAAAUGUGAUUUAUUGGUAUAACUUUGAAAACCAAAAAAGAACAUGGGUGGAGAUUCUUGGGAUCCCUGAUGUUCCAACCUACAAUUUCCAUGUUUGCUGGGAAAGUCUUGUUUCUCCUGGGAAUGAUAGUGCAUUUGAUGGCAGAGCUGAGGAAGUGAUAAUAGAGGAUUCAGAGGAUAAUUUAGAGGCUGAUUCAGACUAACAGAGCAAUGUAAAGCAGACUUCUUUUGCGAGGUUUUACUUUGCACAUACUAAUAGCUGUUGCCGAAAUGGUAUGUUUUUGGUUAGCAAGGAUGGAUGAUGGUAUUUCAAUGAAAUUUCGUUUCAAUCCAACUUUUGUUUAGCCUUCUCCUUGUAAAUCCUAGUUAGUACCUUUUGUUGGAUUUUGAAUGGCUAGAAGUGGGGCUUGGGAUGUUCCCUUUAAAUUCUAGGUUUCCAAGAAUUUCAAGUGUUUGUGCUAACUCUCCUUUAUAUGUUAGAUUAAACUUCCUGCUUCAUG